AUGAAUUUGGCUUCAAAACAUCAGCCAGAUGAACCUUUCAUUAUAUCGGAAAUACGACGAGGCUCGAUCGCUCAUAGAACUGGCACCUUACAUGCUGGCGAUAGACUUUUGGCCAUUGAUAACCGACCUUUAGAUCAUUUGAGUUUGGAAUCCGCUUUCGAUAUACUUCAAACAUCAAACAACGAAAUUGUAACUCUUAAAGUGGAAAAAACUGAAACGGAAAAUUCCAAUUUAUUUCUGGAUAGCAUCGUCUAUACGGUAGAACUUCACAGAUACGGUGGUCCAUUGGGUAUAACAAUUUCUGGAAGCGAAGAUUGUGGUGAUCCAAUAGUCCUAUCCAGAUUAACAGAAGAUCCAACAGUUCUAGAAGAGCCCAGAUGCAGCUAUUCAAGUCCCGGACUUAUGAGCGUAGAUAGUGCCAUCCAUAGUUGGGACAGCAGCAAUACUGGAUAUACACAUAACGAAAAUGCUUCGGAAAUUAAGGAUAUUGAAAGCGUUCUGAGCGAGCCACUGUCUUAUCAAGACCAAAUCCAUGACCACGACAAAGAUUUAACUUUAACAAAAAACAGAAAACGAAAUUCCGAGCUUCAAUAUUAUUCGGACACAGAGGAAAUGUUUUGUCCCAGUCCUCUACCUUUGCCUAAUUAUAAUUUUGGCAAUACGAUGUUGCAAUACAAUCACUCAAGUGGAACAAUUGAGAGACUCGCUGGCUCUGCCAGUACUGAAAAUAUGUUGGAAAAGGAAAUAUAUCAUGUAACACUUUAUAAGGAUUCCAUUUAUGAUGAUUAUGGGUUUAGUGUGAGCGAUGGUUUGUACGUAAAGGGUGUUUAUAUCAACAGAAUCAGGAAAGGUGGUCCUGCGGAUAUUGUAGGAUUGUUAAGACCUUAUGACAGGAUAAUACAGGUCAACGAUACCAAAACGGUGGAUUUUGAUUGUUGCUUGACCGUGCCAUUGAUAGCCUCUGCUGGAGAUAGAUUAGAACUAGUAGUGGCUAGAAAUCCAAAUUUGGUACCACACACAAUAGAAAAGGAUGUACACAGCCUAUCAAAAAUGUCAUUUUCAUCGAGUCAAAACACUAUAACAAAGACUUUAUAG